UAGAGAAACAAUUUCAGCAAUGAUCAGUUUUUGUUUUCAAAGUUGUUUCAUCUUCGCUCUCCUAUUCUUCUUCUCAACACUCUUUCUCUUUGCCUUCUUCUUCAAGAAACCAAAGAAUGAUCUGCCUCCGAGUCCUCCUUCUCUUCCGAUCAUCGGUUAUCUUCACCUAAUCUUAGCUUUCUUUUUUGGUGAAAGUUUUCGCCAAAGAAUCUUCAACAAAGAGUUUUACAAAAAUAUCUCCUUAAAAGAUUUUCUUCUCUUAUUGUCCCCAAUGCACACGACUUUUCAGAAAAUCUCAUCCAUGUACGGGCCUUUCCUUUCUCUCCGCAUCGUCAACUUCCCCAUCGUUAUAGUUUCCUCUGCCUCGAUUAUCCACGAGAUUUUCAAGGCCCAGGACAUCAACGUCUCCUAUCGUGGUGAUAUUGCCAUCGAUGAGUGCAUAAUUCUUGGAUCAUUUGGCGUCUUCAGAGCUCCUCAUGGAGAUUACUGGAGGUUCAUGAAGAAGCUCAUGGUGACUAAUCUGCUUGGGACCCAGGCGCUGGACCGGUCACGUGGCGUUCGUGAGUUUGAGCUAGAGCGGUUCUAUAAAAAUUUGUUGGAUAUGGCGAAGAAGAAACAGAGCGUGGAUAUCGGUGAGGAAGCGUUAAGACUUGUUACCAGCACCUUCGGAAAGAUGAGCGUUGGAAGUAGUUUUCCCAAGGAUAAUAAUGAUGCCACGAAAGUCUCUCAACUUUGUGUCGAGUUCAGUGCAUUGGCACAUGAAUUUUUAUUUCAUAAGCUGCUGCUUCAGAAGCUUGGGAUCUCACUACUAAAAAAGAAUAUAAUGGAUGUUUCACAUAGAUUUGAGGAGCUGUUGGAAAGUAUUAUUGUGAAAUACGAAGAAGAGAAAUCUGAAGAGCACCAAGGUACUGAAUGUAUGGAUGCAUUCUUGGCAGCUUAUCGAGGCGAGAACGCGGAGUAUAAGAUUACUAGGAAAAAUAUCAAGGCGUUUCUCGCGGAGCUUUUCUGUGGAGCUGGGGCCUUCACUGCUUCAACUACACAUUGGGCAAUGGCAGAAAUCAUCAACAACCCUAAUAUUCUUAAGAGAAUUAGAGAAGAAAUAUAUUCCGUGGUGGGGAAAGAAAGGUUGGUUCAAGAAACUGAUCUACCGAAACUUCCUUACUUGCAAGCUGUCAUCAAUGAAACUCUUAGAUUGCACCCAGUGGGGCCCGUCUUGCCAAGAGAAUUUCAGCAAGAUUGUACUGUCGGAGGGUUCUACAUAGCCAAGGGUACAACACUUGUUAUUAAUGCUUAUGCUGUGAUGAGAGAUCCUGAUUAUUGGGAAGAUCCUAACAAGUUCAAGCCAGAGAGGUUCCUAGCUUCUUCAGGAUCAUUGCAAGAGGAGGAGAGAAGAGAGCAUGCAAUGAAGUUCCUCCCUUUUGGAGGCGGAAGAAGGAGAUGUCCUGGAUCAAAUGUAGCUUCUAUCAUAGUAGGAACCGCAAUAGGUGUGAUGGUACAAUGCUUUGACUGGAAAAUCAAAAGUGGAAAUGAGGUUGACAUGGAAGAGGCUCCUGGAUUAAAUUUCUCCUUGGAUUUGGCUCAUCCCCUUGAGUGCAUUCCUCUUCCUCGAACUCUAAACCCUUUAGCUACCAAUAUGCAGAUUAUGGAUUUGUAAAUUUAGAAGAUC